AUGAAGUUCUGCAAGACUUACCAGGAGUACAUGCAAAGCCAGGAGCAUGAGCUCCCUGGUGUUGGCUUCAAGAACCUCAAAAAGAUUAUGAAGAAAUGUAGUAGAGAUUGCCAAUCCCUUAAUGAUUCCGUGGACAUCAGAACCUGCCCUAAUCAAUGCCCAGUGUGCGAUGGGACCUUUUUCCCUUCCCUUCUAGAUGAAAUGUCAGAUAUAAUGGGGUGCUUUAAUCAGCGUGCGCAGAAAGUGCUGGAACUACAUCUUGCUUCUGGCUUCAAAAAGUACUUUCUCAUGUUGAAAGGAAAGUUACGAGGAAAUCAUACUGCUCUAAUUCAAGAAGACAAAGAUUUAGUCACAUAUGCACUGAUAAAUGCCACUGCAAUUCGAAAAAUACUAAAGAAAUAUGAUAAGAUUCAUUAUUCCAAGCAAGGGCAAUUAUUCAAGUCACAAGUCCAGACUAUGCACAAGGAAAUUCUUCAGAGUCCCUGGCUUUGUGAGCUUGUGGCCUUACACAUCAACUUAAAUGCAACUAAAGUCAAGUCAAAGAAGGCACCUGCUUUUUUUGAUGUAUGUUACCUCACAUUUAAGGAUGAAAAACCAUCACUUACUUGUGAGCUCUUUGGUUCCAUCAAAAUUGAUAUUGACUUGACUUGCUCUGUAUGCUUGGAUACGGUGUUCGAUCCAAUUGCUCUGACUUGCGGCCACAUAUUCUGCUACAGCUGUGCUUGCUCAGCUGCAUCAGUAACUAUUGUCGAUGGACUUAAGGCAGCAGAUCCUAGAGAGAAAUGUCCUCUAUGCCGAGAGAGAGGAGUUUAUGAAGGUGCUGUGCACUUGGAAGAAUUGAAUAUUCUAUUAGCUCAAAGCUGCAAUGAGUACUGGAUGGAAAGGCUUCAGAUGGAGAGGGUAGAGAGGGUUAAGCAAAUGAAGGAGUAUUGGGAAGCGCAGUGUAGGGCGGCCAUGGGCGUCUAGUUAGACAAGCAACUUCUCAAUGGUUGUGU